AUGGAAAAGGGUGAGUACACUUCAUUCACCGUUGGUGCUUAUGACGAUGUCCUAAGGUUGCAAGGACGUUUAUGUGUCCCUGAUGUUGAUGGUCUCCGACAAGAGUUAAUGGUGGAAGCGCAUAGUUCCAAAUAUUCUGUGCAUCGGGGAUCCACCAAGAUGUAUAAAUAUUUGAAGGCUAAACACAAAAGACCUUGUGGUUUGGCUCAGAAUAUUGAGAUUCCCCUAUGGAAGUGGGAGAUGAUUAACAUGGACUUUGUCAAAUCGUUCCAAGAAGGUUUAGGAACCCGAGUGAACUUGUGUACUGCCUUCCAUGCUCAGACAGAUGCGCAGGCAGAGAGAACUAUACAAAUUCUGGAAGAGACGUUACAAGCGUAUGCAGUUGAUUUCGGAGAUGGUAGCUCGAGAGGUAAUCCUGGACCUAGUGGUGGUGGAGGUAUUCUUAGAAACUCACAGGGCCAUAUGAUCUCUGCUUUUGCUGCUCCUUUUGGUCUUGUUUUUAAUAACAAUGGUGAGGCCUUAGCUAUACUAAUUGGCAUUGAAUGGUGUUUGAGUCAUAAUUACAUGAACAUUGUGGUUGAAAGUGACUCCCUUCUAGCUGUCUACUGGAUAGUGGACAUUGCUAAGCCUCCAUGGGACCUGGCAGAUACCAUCAACAACAUCAAGGCCAUAUCAAACUCUUUCGAUUCUUUCAAGAUCCAACAUUGCUUCAGGGAAGGUAAUAAAAUAGUCGAUUGA